AACGCGGAGUGCUAAUUUUUGGUACUCGUGAAGUUGAUUAAUUUGUUUAGUGCGGCACAAGUGUUGUACUCAAUUUGCUAAAACAUCGUUUCCUCAGCUAUCCCACGGGAAGCAUUAUCUAGAAAAGGUACAGGCUAAGCGAAAUCCGUACAAGUGCGUGCUAAUUUGUUCGAGAAGUUAUGCGUCGCAAACCCAAUGCCGGUGUGAGUACACCGGAAAAAGCGACUCCCCGCCGCUCUACCCGGGGCCGCGGGCGCAGAUCACCGUCCAAAAGUCCAGAACCUGAGCCGGAUACGGACGAGCGUGAGUACGAUGCGGCACAGGACGAGGAAAAAAAUAGCAGUUCCGAGGAGGAGAGCACGAGCCGGAAGGGAACCGGCAAAACACGCGGAGUGCGAGGAAGAAGUACCUCCUCACGCCGGAAGACUGAUGACAGGCCGCCUUCGCGAGCACGUCGCAACAGUCGCCGGGAGAAAGAAACGCAAGAGGAACAAGAGGCAACAACUGAAGAAAAUGGUGCCGAAAGUCAAGAAUUGAAGCAGAAAAGCGAUGAGCAAGUAGAUGCGGUACCUCCUUCAAAGGAUUCCGAGGAAGUGAUGGAAGUCAUACCGGAAGAACCCACGGAUGAAACGGAACCUUCUGCAGAAGCUGGCGAGGACACGGAUGCGGUUGAGAGCAUGAAAGAUUGCCAAGAUGAAAACGAUGGCAGCAAGGAAGAUAAAGAUAUUGUACAUGACGACCAUCAAGAGACAGCGGAAAGCAAAGAAGAUUCAUCUGCUGGCGCUGUAUCGAGGGAAUUGCAGUCGGAAACAAAGGCAUCAGUGGACAUCGAAGAAAAGGUAAGUCAAAACAAUGGUGAUGAGGAAAAUAUGAAGAAGCAGGAGGACAGUGACACGCAGGAGAAAGAACAUUCCCGCGCCGAUGUUGAAGAAGUGCAAGAUGAUAGCAAAGCGGUCGUUAACAAUCGUUCUCGAACAAGGGAAGAAAGCGAUUCCAUCGAAAGUGGUCAGGAAGAGGGUGAAAUUGUUGGACAAACCGGAGACCGCGCCGCGGACAAGGAUGAGUCCAUAUCGGAUGGUAACGGAGCAGAAGAGUCAAAGCCUGCUGACGCUACGGAUGCAGCUAUGGUUACUACCGAGGAAAAUGCAAGCCAGGUUGUAACCGCCGACAAAGGACCAAAGCAGCAGCAGGAGCAGAAGGAUGAUAGCGUGGAUGGUCAGAAAACGAAAGUUUCCGAACAACCUCAGCCUCCUAGACGUAGACCACGCUUUUCCUCGCGUCCGGAUAAAGAUUUAUCACCGGUGAGGCCACCUACUGAGAAUGCUGCUGUGCAGAAUGACGAAGAACUAGAAGCCGGGGAAAUCAAAGACACAGACCAGGGCAGCUCAGAUGCGAAAGCGAACAGCGCAAAGGAGGCUGAGGAAAACAGCUCGGUGAAAGAACCUCCCCGCAUUAGACCAUUGCAACGCAAACGGCGAUGGCUUUCGUCGAAAAACGCUGAGUCGAAACCGGCGGUCAUCACUAUUUCGACUGAUUCGUUGAAAAAUAUCAUUUCCGAUGUUAAACCAGUCCCGCUGGCGGACGUGAAGCUGGAUUCAGCCUCCGAAGCAGAAGGUCCGGACGGUUCCGUCAGCACCGAGGAGGACGAUAAAGAGCGAGCAAAAUCAAAGCGCAAUCAAAGGGGGUCGAUCGAUUCGACCACGCAGCAGUCACAAACGGCGGCUACACGUCGGCGCGUUUCCAAAUCGGCCGAAAAGGAAAACAUUCAGCUGGACGCACCGGAAGGGGAGGAAACGGCUAACGGGGAUAAUGUUGUGCCGAAGCAAAAACCCGUCAUGGAAAAAAUUACCAUCACCCGAAAAAUAAGCAUCGUCAGUGAUGAUGGUAGUGCAGCUGGGGCGACGCCAGCGGUAACUUCUGUGCGUCCCCCUAGUCCGGCAAAACAUCAUACUAGCAAUAUCCUGUACAUCACGAACUUGGUGCGACCAUUUACGGUUCUUCAGCUGAAGGGGCUGCUGGCACGUACCGGAAAAAUCGUAGAGAAUGGGUUUUGGAUUGAUAAAAUCAAAUCGAAAUGUUACGUGAAGUACGAAACGGAAGAUGAGGCAACGGAAACGCGUCACGCUCUGCAUGGCAUCCGAUGGCCAGUCUCGAAUCCGAAGUGUCUGGUAGUGGAUUUUGGUGGUGAGGAAGCGAUGGAAAAGGCUAUUCUCUCCACACUCGAAGAUGGCGCCGUCCGUGCGACGAUGGAGGGUGCGAAGGAGGGUAAAGAGUUUGGAUGGUCCCGUGAUGCACCCAAGAAGGAUGAGGAUACACCAAGACCAGUUCGGGAAUGGGAUCUCGGCAAGAAAGAUACACUCGAUCAGCAGGAACGCGACCGGAACGGACGGGCGCUGGGGCGUGAUCGCGAGCGUGAAACCCAGGGCGAAAAGGAUAAGAGUGGCGGCGAUCGAACUGGACGUGAUCGGGAGCGUGGGCGAAUAGAAGAUGGAGGACCUCGCGAUUCCAGGGGUAACCGAAUGGACGCGAAUGCAGGCGGUGACCGUAGUUCGGAGCGAAAGCGGUCAACUGAUCGCGAGUAUGGACGAGAUAGACGGCGCAGUACUAGCAUUGAUAUGUCACCAGCGCGAAAGUUUAAGAAGCAAGAUAAAGAACCACCAAUUCGACUGCUCGAUGAUUUGUUCCGAAAGACAAAGGCUACGCCAUGUAUUUACUGGUUACCGCUCACAACCGAACAGAUUGCCGUUAAGGAAGAGCAACGUCGCAAAAACAUGGCUGAGCAUCAGCGCCGUCUGGACGAGCAGCGGAAACUGCAGGAGGAAGAGCGCGAGCGUGAGCGCAAGCGCGAACGGGAACGCCGCGAACGGGAGCGCGAACGGGAUCGCGACCGGGACCGUGAGCGCGAGCGUGAUCGCGAGCGGGAUCGUGAGCGUGAUCGGGACCGUCGUCGGUCGCGUUCCCGCGACCGCAGCCGUGACGAUGGUGGACGUCGCCGGCACAGAUAAGAAAACAAACCAUUCACCCCAUUUUUACAAACUACAAUUUCCUUACGCGUGUUUUAUGCAUAACCACAAGAACGGGCGGACGGGUGGGCAGAUGGCGGCGCUGAUGCAUUAUGAACGUACUGAUUCUCGGCACAUUUGGAUGAAAACAUGUUUCAGUCUGCUUCUUCCAGAGCAGGAUGCUACAGACAAACCCGUACCAACACAGCGUAGAAACCCAUCGAAAAUAUCGUUUCGAAAAACGCAAGUAAAAAGAUGCUGUUUUAGUCCAAAUUCGAAGCUUACGUGACAUACAGCGAGGUAUGACAGUACUACAUGUCCUUUGACCAUAUUGAUGAAGUAUUAGAGAUAUCCGUUUGUAACUCGUUCUGUAAAUUGUCUACAUUUUCGUAAUGUAGAUUCACUUGGUUUAGUCGAAUUAACUUCGAUUGACCGAAACCUGACGCAAUAUGUACGCUGUUACUUUCUUUCAUUGUGUGUUUCCUCUAAACCUAGUGAAUAAACAUUUUUCAUAGGCUUAGUAUUAGCUUCGGGAA